CCCUGAGGAGACCCCGCCCCAGGCCCCGCCCCAGGCCCCGCCCCCUAGGGGUGUAGAGACCGGGCAGAUGCUGGGACUUGCUGCCCGGCUCCAGCCCCCAAGCCGUGGUCGGGGCCUCACCCUAACUGCUGAGAGUCGCCGCUGGAGAGGGGCUCAGCGCCCGGCGCCCGGCGGGGACUGCAGAAUACCCAGCUGAGCCAGAAUUGAUGUGAAAUCGAGAACUUCAGAGUACGAAGCCAAGCAAUCGUGUGCAAUGAGACAAGCCAGACGUUCAGCCGCUGUCCCCACAAUGCUGUCACCAUAGUAACUGUACCUGAUGCAAUGACUCAGGAUGCAGCCAGCAGCCACCACGUGCACAGAGGACCGCAUCCAGCACGCUCUGGAGCGAUGCUUGCAUGGACUGAGCCUCGGACGCCGUUCUGCUCCCUGGUCAGCCGGGCUGUGUCUGAACUGCUGGAGCCUACAGGAGCUGGUCAGCAGGGACCCGGGCCACUUCCUCAUCCUCCUGGAACAGAUCCUACAGAAGACCCAAGAGGUCCAAGAGAAGGGCACCUAUGACCUCCUCGCCCCGCUGGCGCUGCUCUUCUACUCCACUGUCCUCUGUACACCACACUUCCCACCAGACUCAGACCUCCUGCUGAAGGCAGCCAGCACCUACCACUGCUUCCUGACCUGGCCGGUCCCCUACUGCAGCAUCUGCAGAGAGAUGCUCACCUUCAUAGAUGCUGAACUCAAGGCCCCCGGAAUCUCCUACCAGCGGCUGGUGAGGGCUGAGCAGGGCCUGCCCAUCAGGAGCCAUCGAAGUUCCACAGUCACUGUGCUGUUGCUGAACCCUGUCGAGGUGCAGGCUGAAUUCCUUGCUGUCGCAGACAAGCUGAGCACACCUGGACAGUCACCCCAUGGCGCCUACACCACCCUGCUGCUGCACGCCUUCCAGGCCACCUUUGGGGCCCACUGUGACCUUCCUAAACUACACCGCAAACUUCAGUCCAAGACUCUAGAAGAGCUCGAGGACAUCUUCACGGAGACGACGGAAGCCCAGGAGCUGGCGUCUGGCUUUGGUGAUGUAGCAGAAGCCCGCCAGUGGCUCCGGACCAAGCUACAGGCAGUGGGAGAAAAAGCCGGCUUCCCUGGCAUCUUAGACACUGCAAGCCCUGGGAAACUUCACACGAUCCCCAUCCCUGUCGCCAGAUGCUACACCUACAGCUGGAACCAGGACAGUUUUGACAUCCUACAGGAAGUUCUUCUCAAGGAACAGGAACUGCUGCAGCCAGGGAUCCUGGGAGAUGGUGAAGAGGAGGAAGAGGAGGACUUGGAGAUUGAUAGGCACUGUGCUGAGAGGGACUCUCUCCUCUCCACAAGCUCUCUGCUGUCUCAUGACUCCACACUGUUGCUUAGCUCCUCUCAGGCCUCAGGACCAGUGCUGUCCCGCCAGAUGCUGACCACCUUUGUCUCAGGCCUCUCGGAUGGCAUGGACAGUGGCUACGUGGAGGACAGUGAGGAGAGCUCCUCAGAGUGGCCCAAGAAACCCGGCCACCAACGCCAGGGUCACCGCAGGCCUGGGCAGAAGUUCAACAGGUUCUAUAAACUCUUAAAGAGCACCAGCCAGCUGGUCCUGCGGAGGGAUUCUCGGAGCUUGGAGGGCAGUGUAGACCCAACCUUGCCGCUGCGGAGGGCGGGGAGCCUCUGUAGCCCCUUGGACUGCCCCGCUCAGCUCCCCUCCCGGGCUCAGCGCUCACGGUCCCUACCCCAGCCCAAGCUCAGCACCCAGCUACCCAGCUGGCUCCUGGCACCACCCUCACACCACCAGCGCCGACGCCCCUUCCUCAGUGGUGACGAGGACCCCAAGGCUUCCACGCUACGGGUUGUGGUCUUUGGCUCUGACCGGAUUUCGGGGAAGGUAGCUCGGGCCUACAGCAAGCUCAGGAGGCUGGAGAACAGCCACCCAAUCCUCACACGGUUCUUCAAGCUCCAGUUCUUCUAUGUGCCUGUGAAGAGAAGCCAUGGACCCAGCUCCAGUGCCUGCCCAGCCUCUCUGAGCCAGGCAUCUCCAUUCACCGCAGACUCCCCGAAGCACCCCAGCCCUGCAGACCUUGGCAUGGCCCCAUGGGAGGACAGUACCAAUGACAUCUCUCACUACCUCGGUAUGCUUGACCCCUGGUACGAACGCAAUGUGCUGGGCCUCAUGCACCUGCCUCCUGAAGUCCUUUGUCAGCAGUCCCUGAAGGCGGACUCUCAGCCCCUGGAGGGCUCGGCCACCCAGCUGCCCAUCCUGGCUGAUAUGUUACUUUAUUACUGCCGCUUCGCGGCCCGCCCCGUGUUGCUGCAGGUUUACCAGACAGAGCUGACCUUCGUCACUGGGGAGAAGACCACGGAGAUCUUCAUCCAGUCUCUGGAGCUGGGUCACUCUGCGACCACUCGAGCUAUCAAGGCUUCAGGUCCGGGUAGCAAGAGGCUAGGCAUUGACGACGACCGGGAGGCGGUUCCUCUAACACUACAGAUUAUUUACGGCAAGGGAGCCAUCAGUGGGCGAAGCCGCUGGAGCAACCUGGAGAAGGUCUGCACCUCGGUUAACCUCAGCAAGGCCUGCCAGAAGCCGGAGGAGCUAGACUCCAGCAUGGAGGCGCUGACGCUAACCCUGACAGAAGUGGUGAAGAGGCAGAAUCCUAAAUCCAAAAAGGGCUUUAACCAGAUCAGCACAUCCUACAUCAAAGUAGACAAGGUGCAGAUCAUCGGCUCCAGCAGCUGCCCCUUCGCUGUGUGUCUAGACCAGGAUGAAAGAAAGAUCCUGCAGAGUGUGGUCAGGUGCGAAGUGUCACCAUGCUACAAGCCAGAGAAGAGCAGCUUGCCACCCGAGAGGUCCUUCAGCCAGCCAGCAGACCCUGGGCCUGACCUGUGCUCCCUUCUCUGCCUUCCCAUCAUGACUUUCAGUGGGGCCCUGCCCUAGUGCAGCUGGGUACGAGGUCAGACGGGAAAGUGCACAGCUUCCCCUGGACCACUCGCCAGGGCAGCUGCUCUCUAUGGAGAACUGAAUUGCCCUGGGCUGCAUCAGGGUCCCCCUGUAGGCCCUGCCAUGGUCCAGGGAUGUGGCCAAUGGCAUCUGGAGCCCCAGAGAGCUGAUGAAGAAACAGGCAUUGGAGAGAGAAGAGCCUGGGAUGUCCAGUCUUACAGAUGCCUCUGAGCAGAGGAGGAGGGAUGGGGGAGAGGCCCCAAAGAAAGGUGUGAGGCUUGUCUGUGGCGCGGACCUUUUUUCUAAGCCCUGGGAUGAGGCCCAUCUUUGGUUUGUCAAAGACUCAGCGUCCCAAACUUGAGGUCAGUCUCUCUAAGGCACAGGUAGGAGAAAGAUGGGUGAGACAUUUCUUUCCUGGCCUCAGACACCAUCUCUCUAUCCUAUCACUACCAUCAUGAGUACACACACACAAAGACACACACAGACACACACACAAAGACACACAUAGACACACACACAAAGACACACAGACACACACACAUAGACACACACACAGACACACACACAAACACACACAAACACACACAUAGACACACACACAAAGACACACAGACACACAUAGACACACACACAAAGACACACAGACACACAUAGACACACACACACACAUACAUACAGAGGCUUUCUCUCUCAAGUUCCCUGGAUCCCUUGAAAAACAGCACUAAUAUUUGGUCCAUUGCUAGGACCUGGUACAGUUUCUCUCCUGAGCCCCUUGCUGGGUCUCAGAUGCUGGGGAGACAGGACAGACUUGGUUCCUUUUUAGCUAAAUGCCCAGAGGAAGUUAAGGCAUUUCUUUGAGGCUCCGGUUUCCUCAGUGCUGAAGUGAAGGGGAAGUGGGUCCUCAAAGGGAGUGCCCCUGAACCUUGCCCAGUGCCUGGCUCCCAACAACAGCCCUGGAAAGGCAGCCUCUUGCCCUCCGCAGCUGAUGCCCUGCCUUUGCUCUUGAAUACUCUCAGGAUAGUCCGUGUUUGGCCUUGACCCACCUAGGGAUGAGGCAGAACUCACUCGGGCUAAGCAGCAGUCAGGAAGGGCCACCUAGGCACGGAUUCCCCCCCCCCCCCCACUUCCCUAGCGAUCAAUUCUGUCUGCGCACUUCCUCUCGGCAGAAGGGCCACGCACAGUAUGCGCUCUGGACACAGGCUCUCCAGACGAUCUCAGAGGAGCAGGGACUGCUGAAUAUCUAAUGGUAGAGACAGGGCGUCCAUGCAUGGAACGAGAGAGAGAGAGAGAGAGAGAGAGAGAGAGAGUGCCUGAGGUUUAAACCUGCCAGACUGGAGGGCUCCACAAGGUGACAAGAUGUGGCUGGAGUGGUAAGGUGGUGGGCUGGCUCGGGACUUGGCCUGGCACAGGCGAGCCAGAGCCUUGGAAGCACAUCAAGUUGCACACAGAGUUCUUCCCAUCCUGUUCUGCAUCAAAGACCCUGGCUUAUAAAAGCCCAAGGAACCUGCAGAGUGCUCCUGACUUGAGAGGCUGGACAGAGCCACUGUGUUGUCACCCCCAGUCCUAACCCACGGUGUGUCUGCCGGGCUCCGGGGCGGUGUCCAGCCAUGCGUUUCCGUGUGCUUCAAUCUGCUGUAUGAGCAUGUUGUUCUACUGUAUGAUCGACAUGAUGUGAAUCAAUGACUGAGAUUUUAAUAUUAUUAUCAAAUAAAAUUGAUUUAUUGUA